AUGGCUGGACCGCGAGCGGCGCGUCUGCAGGUCGGCUCUGCGCCCUGGAUCGCCGAGGAGCGCUCCUCGGCCCUGCAGAUCGCCCACGAUGAGAUUGAGGAGUUCACCUUCUCCGCCCGGAAUGACUUCGAGUGGCUGAACGAGCACAUGGCCGAUAUCUUCAGCGAAAACCAGAUAAAUGUUGCCGAGAUAUUCAAAACACCAGGAAAGCUGCGCGGCAAGACGCCCAGAACCGUACGGAAAGCAAACAACACCGAGACGCGCGUGCCCUUGUCGGACAUCUUCUCUGCCACACCCAAAGGCGCGCCGAAUCCAUUUGCUAUAUCCAACGUAGAGAGGAAUCAGACCUCCAAAGUACAGAUCGCUGCCGACCCGAUACCACAGUCUAGCCCAGUUAGGACCGACAAGCCAGCGGAAGCGGGCCCUGUGCCUCUUGUCGACUCUGGCUACCAUGGAAGCCAGGAUAUCAUGGAAGUUGACAUGGAAGUUGACGAUGUUGAACUGGCGGAUGAGGAAGCUACCCAAGCUUUCAGCCCCAAGAGAAAUGCCAAGGGCGACCACGUUGCUUUCCAUGUCUCUUCACCCGUACGAGAGAUACAGGAGACGCCAGCCAGGCGGUCUCCGGAACCGACUGCUACCGUGGACGCCAUGGGCGAUGAGUUGGAUACCCAGUACUUUACCGCAAAUGUCGCCAAGAUAGUGUCUCCUGCAGCCCAUCUGCCACAUCAUGAGAGCACUACGCCGGCUGGCUCACCUAUCCGCUCUCUCACAACAUCUUCGCCCAAGAAGACGUCUCCGAUCAAGACAUCCCCCAUCAAGAACGCAUCCGUCCUGACAGAGCAGCAUGUGCUACAGCCGGCGUCGGAGCCAGCGGAUGUGGACGCCGAUACCGACGACGCCUCGAGGUCACAAUCUGAUGGAUCGAGCCCCAUCCGUCCCGUCGUACGGAAGAGCAGUCUGAACUUUGCUUCGUUGCCGGCGCGAGAGCCGAUGACUCACAAGAGCAUUGGAAAUCGCAUUUCGAGGACCAGCCACCUCGAUCCUAGGAUGAGCUAUUACAACAGACCCACCGGUGGGAAGAGUCUCGGCAAUGUCAGACACGAAGCCUCUGAGGACGACAACGAGGACAUGGACGUUGACGACGACGAGGAGGAUGAGGUGGAAGACGAAGUCGACAUCGUCUCGCAGAAGCCUAAGGAGCAGACCGAAACCGAUAGUGCGACCGCACACAACAAGACCUACACCCAGCGUCUCCAGGACCAGAUCAGCAAACUAGGUCAGUCGCAGCCGGCACCACGCCGAACUUCCAAGUCCUUGGCCAAUGUUGCAGCACCGAUAUCUCAGCAAGCUUCUGUGCCUAUGCCAACAGCAGUUCCGGUGCCAGCUCCGCAGUCGCCCCCCAAGGCAAAGGUAUUCUCGCCCAAGACUCAUACCACACCGGGUGCCUUCCCUGAGGAUGAUGAUGAUGACAAUGAUGACUGGAUCCAGCCUCUUGGCCCUCCCGACAAUGCGUCCAACCUCUUCAGUCCCCGCCCCGGAAUGCCUAAGAGUUAUACAGCAGAUGUGAUGGAAGGAGUAUCUGGUAAGGAUACAGUGAGUGGUGGUGACUUUGCCGUGCCUAAGACGCGCUUGCGCAAGAGCCGCUCCAAGUCGCCGCAGAGACCGGCUAUUCCGGAGAGAACUACGAGCACGAAGGGUCAUCACAAGUCGGCUUCAGUGCCUUCCUUUCCCAUCCACGAGCAGUCUGCGGAUGACGACUUGACUCUCAAGAAGACGAUAUCUGUCUCGAAUCCCACACUUGCUACUGUUUCAGAAGACGAGGUUACUGGUUCGAGCUCACCGCCAAAGUCGCCAUCAAGGACACUGAGAGACAGCCCUUUGAAGCAAGUUAAGAACAAGCUCUCGUCCAUCUUGAAGACUUCUAAAGGCCUGUUGGCUAGUAGUGCGGCUAUCAGUGCAGAAGGGAAAUCGUCACUGCUUUCGCCAUCAACUCUCCGCCUCGGAUUGCACGCCGGCCCGUCAACCAUGUCUCUGGGGCAGCAAUCUGCAUUCGACUCGCAGCCUCUUUAUCCGGAUCUUUCUCAGAAGGCUUCGGAAGUCCCGGUCCCUGCAAGCCCUACUCGCACUGAUGGCCGCAGAACAAGGGCCUCGAUAGAGCGGGCAAAGGCCGAAGAGAAACGCAGAGAGAAAGAGGCCAAAGAAGCUCGACGCAUGGCGGAGCAGAUGGAGAAGCUGGAGAAAGCCCGUGAAAAAGAGCGAGAGAAGGCACGUGUCUUCAGCGAGGAACAGGAGAAGGUCGCUGCAAUGGCAAAGCAGGUUGCUGCCCAGAAAGAGCAGGAGAAGAAUGCUCCGGCCACUACGCCUGCACCAGCCAAACCAACCCGGACGAGUCCCCGCAAGGCCAAGGCUCAGCUCGAGGCAGAAGCAGAAGCCAAUGCCGAGGAUGAUGUCGACAUGGCCGAUGCACCUGCUACCAUGCCUCCUCCGUCCGUACCGCGACCAGUUGCGCCGGCAUCUGCUGCCAAGGGUCGAGAAAUCAAGAGGCCGACUAGACCAGUCAAAGAACCUGCUGCCAAAGCCAAGCAAGCGCCCACGGUCAUCCGAGUCAACAUGGGUUCUCAAUAUCAGCCUUCGAAUAGUGCGCUGGCCUCGAACCUCGAGGACACUCUAGGCUCGGCAAGCUUCCAGCCCCAGCAUAAGAGCAAAGCGAGCCAGGCCUCUCUCCACAAGUCCUCCAGCCAGAGCUUGAAGAGCUCCCAAUCUGCUGGCAGGCCAAAGGCCCUCGAGUUAGCUGCGCGGAGGAAGGAGCAGGAAGAAAGAGAAGCUCAACGCAAACGAGACGCCAAGGCGGAAAUGGAGCGAAAGAGGGCCGCCUUGCAAGAAGAGGAGAGGCGCCAAGAGCAGCAGCGAAGGCUCGAGGCUGAGAAACAGAAAGAGCAGGAGAGAAGGCAGGCUGCCGCUCGCGAGGAGGCCAAGAAGAACGCUCAACGGCAGGCGAUGCUUGAAAAGGCAAAGCAAACACGAGCACCUCCCCCAGCAGCCCGGUCCGUCAACGGCCAACCUGACUACAAGGGUUCUUCACAAAGCGACAGUCAACCUAGCCGACCGCCGUCCCGUCUGGGUUCUACAGUCCACAAGUCUCAAGAGGGUUUGGGGCGUUCAGUGAACGGCGGUCUUGCUAAUGGUGCUAAGGCUACCACGAAACGCCAACUACAGCAGGAUUCAAAGGAGAGCAAGAGAAUGCGGAUGACGGACGAGUUCGAUGAUGUCGACACGGAGAGUCAACCGAGUCUCAAGGGUGCACCUGUUCGUCCAUCUGGUGGCUUUAAGAAGGUAACUGCUGGGACGAUGCUGUCGCAAGGUCAGAAGCCCACAAAACCUCAGGAUUUGACCAACAAGUCCAUGUUCCCGGCCGGCUAUGCCAAUGCUCCCCCGAGCGCUACCAGAGAUCUGUUCAAGACCACCCUUACAGGCCAGCACAACGCGCAAGCGAAGGCAGCACAUCCUCUGGAUAUGGCCCAGGUUUCGAAGUCCACGAUUCCCUUCGCUGCCAACGCCAAUCCGGCAGGCGCGGCACACAAGACGCCUGCUCGGCCCGUCGGAGGUAUGAUGACCAAGUCUACCGCGAAAGCAACAAGAUCCUCGCCACGGUUCCAAAACGGCGAGCAGAUUGAGCUUCCCGAGAUCAACACCGAUGACGAGGAUGAAUACGACGAUGACGAUCAUAAGGCCAUGUUCGCCUCAUGGACCGACUCUCCUGCCCUCCGCCGGGCGCUGGUGGAGCAAGAAACGGUUGACCCAAUGCGUGUCUUUGGGGCACCGGCGCCGCUCAACAUGGAGGAAGUGUUCAGCAAGAGCAAAGACAGGUGGCACAAGUUCCGGCAAAGGACUUCCAGCGCCAACUGGAGUGGCUCUGACAGACUUACGGAGGACGACAUUCGGAAGGAUCUCGCAGCCAGGGAUAAGCUGCGUCGCGAGGGAGCCUGGACGUAUGAGAUGGGCAGAGAAAUGCUGUAA